GGGAUCUUUGGGGGGCAUUGGGACCCAUUGGGUCCUUGGGGCCCUUUGGAGGUACUAGGAUUGUUUGGGGCAUUGGGGCUUUUGGGGACAUUGAGGCCCUUUGGGACAUUGGGGCUCUUUGUGGACUUGGGGGUGCAUUGGUGUCUCUUGGGGCCCAUUGGGGGCAUUGGGACCUUUUGGAAGCAUUGGGGCCCCCAUUGGGGGCAUUAGGGCCCAUUGGAAGCAUUGGGACUCUUAGGGGCAUUGGGGCCAUUUGGGGGCAUUGGGGGCCUUUGGGGAAUUUGGAGGGCAUUGGUGGUCAUUGAGGCCCAUUGGAGGCAUUGGGGCUGUUUGGAAGCAUUAGGAGCCUUUGGGGAGGCUUUGAGACAUUGGGCCCCAUUGGGGGCAUUGGGGCCCUUUGGUGGGGCUUUUAGGGUCAUUGGGGCCUUUUGGAGGCAUUGGGGCCCUUUGGGGCCAUUGGAGCCAUUUGUAAGCAUUAGGGCCCACUGGGGGCAUUGAGACUCUUUGGGAGCACUGGGGGGCAUUGGUGCCCUUUGGGGACACUGGGGCCAUUUGUAAGCAUUCGGACCCUUUGGGGGCAUUGGGGUCCUUUGGGUUCCCUGGGGCUCAUUCCCAUUCUGGGUGCCAUUUCUCCUUGGUGGCCCCGUGGGCUCUUUGGCUCUGUGGUUUUGUGCCCUAUGGGGUGGGUUUCCCCCCUCUCACCCCUCCAUCCUGCAGGAUGUUCCGGACGCUGUGCAGUUAUUUCUGGUGGGAGCGGCUCUGGCUGCCUGCAAACCUCACCUGGGCUGAUUUGGAGGACCGUGAUGGGCGCGUUUACGCCAAAGCCUCCGACCUCUACAUCACCAUCCCCAUGGCCUUCCUCUUCCUCAGGGGAGUUGAUGGAAUCCCUGAGCCCCCCCUCCAACUCAUCCUUGGCUUUCAGAGCAUCCUGCCCUCCCAGUAUUGGUACUACAUGAUCGAACUCUCCUUCUAUUGGUCGCUGCUCUUCAGCAUCGCUUCUGAUGUCAAACGCAAGGAUUUCAAGGAGCAAAUCAUCCACCACGUGGCCACCAUCAUCCUCAUCAGCUUCUCCUGGUUUGCCAACUACGUCCGUGCUGGGACGCUCAUCAUGGCCCUGCACGACUCCUCUGAUUACCUACUGGAGUCAGCCAAAAUGUUCAACUACGCCAACUGGAGGAACACCUGUAACAACAUCUUCAUCGUCUUCGCUGCCGUCUUCAUCAUCACCCGUUUGGUCAUCCUGCCCUUCUGGAUCAUGCACUGCACUGUGGUUUACCCCCUGGAGCUCUACCCAGCCUUCUUUGGCUACUACUUCUUCAAUGCCAUGAUGGGGGUGCUGCAGCUGCUGCACAUCUUCUGGGCCUUCCUCAUCAUCCGCAUGGCACACAAGUUCAUAACUGGAAAGGUAAGGGGGGUGGGGGGGGUCACAGCCCAGGUCCUGGGGGGGUCUCACAGCCCCCAUCCUGGAAGAGUUGCAGUCCUGGUUCUGGGGGUCUCACAGCCCAAAUCUUGGGAGUGUUUAUAGGCCUGGUUGUGAGGU